AAGUUCUUUUCCUCUUCCACCGUUCAUCUCAGGCCCCAAUUGAAAAGAGAAGAUGUCUUCCAAAAUCGACCAGGCACUCGACGUGUUCAACCAGCUUUGCACAGAGGUUGAUAUUACCAGCAAAAGCUUCCAAAUUGCUCUUGCUUCUAUCUGCUUCAAUCCGGUCUUCUGGAAUGUUGUUGCAAGACUAGAGUAUAAUACCCAUUUUCUUACAAAGCUCUCUGGGGGUCCGAAAAACGGUUGUUACUUGCUUGCCUUUACAAUCUUUUCCCUUGGUAUCUUUAGAGACUACCUGUACGAACGGGCUUUGAAAGAGCAAGUCACGUCUGACCUGCUCACUGGUCCAAUCUUCACCUACGCAGGAUACUUCUUCUUUGCACUAGGUAACAUCUUUGUCCUCAGCUCAAUGUGGGCAUUGGGUGUCACUGGAACAUAUCUAGGUGACUACUUUGGAAUCUUAAUGGACCACAGAGUCACUGGGUUCCCAUUCAACGUCUUGGACAACCCGAUGUACGUUGGCUCCACCUUGUGCUUCUUAGGAACCGCACUCUAUUUCGGUAAGCCAGCUGGGUUGUUUGCCACGUUGUUUGUGCACUUAUUGUACUCCGUUGCUCUCAAGUUUGAAGAACCAUUCACCGCUGAAAUCUACGCAAAGAAGGCUCGUGAAGAAAAGAAGAAGGCCACCUGAUGGAUCUGCCAAUCAGUUGAAUGGCAAACUCGGCAAUCAAGGAGCGGUAUUCAAGUCAGUGGUCGCCAUUGACCAGUGAAGAAGCAGCUUGCUCUGUAUAUAUAGCUAUGAAUCGCCGAAUAACUCAUGUUCUUCCUUCCAGAAAUUCAUUAUAGAUGAGGCACUAGUGAUAUAAACACUUUGAAUAUUGAGCUAAUAUACUACAUAGGAAAUUGAUUGAAUAGAGCUG